UCUGUCCCCCCCCUCCACUCCCCGCUCCCCCUGCCCGUCGUGUCCGGGGGCCGCCGCCGCCGCAGACACCGCGCCAUCUCUGUCCCCUCUCAUUCUCCACGCGGGACGCGCAGCCGUGCCUCCACGUGUCCUUAAGCAGAGAUGAAUAAUACUGCAGCUAGCCCUGUGUCUACUGGCACUUCAAGCAGUGGAAGAAAUACAGGGAAGGCUCUAAGCUUUGCUGCAGAAUUGCAGAGCAUGAUGUUUUCUUUAGGUGAUGCUAGGAGACCUCUCCAUGAAACAGCAGUUUUGGUAGAAGAUGUGGUUCACACACAACUAAUUAAUCUGUUACAGCAAGCUGCAGAAGUCUCUCAGCUGCGGGGAGCAAGGGUGAUCUCUGCUGAAGAUCUUCUGUUCUUGAUGAGAAAAGAUAAGAAAAAACUUAGAAGACUUCUAAAAUACAUGUUUAUCCGAGACUACAAAUCAAAGAUCAUCAAAGGCAUUGACGAGGAUGAGCUCCUGGAAGAAAAACUGAGUGGCAGCAGCAGUACGAACAAGAGACAGAAAAUUGCUCAGGAUUUGAUCAACUCUAUUGACCAGACAGGAGAGCUUCUGGCAAUGUUUGAGGACAACGAACUUGAUGAUGUUAAACAGGAAAGAAUGGAGAGAGCAGAAAGGCAGACUCGAACUAUGGAUUCAGCUCAAUAUGCAGAAUUCUGUGAAAGCCGACAGCUGAGCUUCUCCAAAAAAGCUUCCAAAUUUCGAGAUUGGCUGGACUGCGGCAGUAUGGAGAUAAAGCCCAAUGUUAUAGCUAUGGAAAUUCUGGCAUAUUUAGCGUAUGAAACAGUGGCACAGCUAGUGGACCUGGCACUUCUUGUAAGACAGGAUAUGGUUUCGAAGGCAGGGGACCCCUUGAGCCAUGCCAUUUCUGCAACCUUCAUUCAGUAUCACAACUCUGCUGAGGGGUCCUGUUUGAAGUCCUGCCCAGACUCUCCUGAGAACACACCGCCUCCUACACCAACAGCUCCCUCUUCUGGAUCACAGCAUUCUGGGAGAGCCACGUCUGGAUCCCUGGGGAAUGGGAGUACAGGACAAGACUCUACUAAAAGCAAGCAGAGAAAGAGGAAAAAGAGCACUGCGGCCUGUGGUGUUGAGGCUCACAGCGAUGCCAUCCAGCCCUGCCACAUCAGAGAAGCCAUUCGACGCUACGGCCACAAGAUUGGCCCUCUUUCCCCAUUCACAAGUGCCUACCGACGGAAUGGGAUGGCUUUCCUAGCCUGCUGAGGGGACCAUGGCCAUGCCUGCUACAACACGAGAGAAAAUGGUACACGGAGGUCAUUCUUCAAUGUCCUGGC